AUGGAGAAAUUGGCUGCAGAUAGAAAAGAGCAAGUCUUUGAUAACAAGUUCUGCCAGAAGCUUGCAGAAGAAUUUAAUCGUUCUGCUGGCCGUGCUGGAAGUAAAGCGUUACAGGCUACACAGGUUCAAGGAUGGUUCCUUAAUAAGUUUCCAGCAUCAGCCACUAAACCUACUUGUGUGCCCACUGCUUCCCAAGAAAAGACUUCAGCCUCAGAAGUAAAUGUAUCAGUUUCUGAAAAAAGAUCUGCAGCUUCUGAAGAAAAACAUGUGUGCCCACUGCUUCCUAAGAAAAGUACUUCAGCCUCAGAAGUAAAUGUAUCAGUUUCUAAAAAAAGAUCUGCAGCUUCUGAAGAAAAACUUUUCCCUCUUGAUACAAGUGUUUCAAAUAAUGAGGAUGAGUUUUCUCCUGUUUUUCCAUUAGAAACUAGAGAUAUGAUUCCUGAACUUGAAGACCUGGAGUUUGAGGCCAAGUCUGCAAAGGAUUCUGCAUGGUAUGACAUUGCCAUGUUCUUGGCACACAGGACGAACAAGGCGGGUGAAGUAGAAGUCCGGGUGAGAUUCGAGGGUUUUGGGGCUGAUGAGGAUGAGUGGGUGAAUGUCAAGAAGUUCAUCCGCCAGCGUUCCAUUCCUGUGGAGUCCUCACAGUGCAAAAGCAUUGUUGAAGGAGACCUUGUCCUCUGCUUCAGGGAGGGAAACGACGAGGCAUUGCAUUUCGAUGCGCAUGUUCUUGAGGUUACGCGGAAGCAGCAUGAUAUUAGGGGGUGCAGAUGUGUAUUCCUUAUUGAAUACGAUCAUGACCAAAGCCAGGGCUGCCCGGACUGGCUGUUGGCGGCUGAAUUUUGUAGACUUGUUACGGUGCGGAAGAGGGAAGAGGACGCCUUGAGCACAUACUGUGUAUAA